CCCGGACUGUCACCCGGGAAGUCCAAGUCCUAAUCCUAAUCCUAAUCCUAAUCCUAAUCCUAAUCCAUACCCAUUCCCUGAUACGAAGGCUGAGCCGCUGAGGCCUGAGGUCCGCUCCACUGGGAAUCGCAAUCUCAGGAUCCAGCCGAGCUCCCGCAGAAACCCUAAUCCGUUAAUCCCCUCCGGCACGGGAUUCCCAUUCCCAAUCCUGCCACUCCCAGCUCGCCGCCGACGUCCUCCGGCCUUGGCCUCCGCCGCUCGUGGGUUGCUCAAGCGCCAAUUGUCUCAUCACGAGGCCCAAAGUGUCAAAAAAAAAAAAACUCAGCCGGUUGGGGAAAGAUCGCCCCACCGGUAUUAAGCUAAGAAGAAGGCUCGGCUUCUCCGAUCGAGAAAAUCCCCGAACCCCAGCCCCGCUUUGACACUGGGAACCGUAACCUCUGGGAAUUGCUUGGGCCAUACACGGUGCUCUGGCCGACCUGGGCCGGUUCUUAACCAGUGCUUUGGCACACGAGACCGGCGAGAGGAUUUUUUUAACCACAGCCUGAAAUUCGCUCCCACGGGGAUUCGAACUCAGGACCUGUGGAGUGCCGCUCGAGUGUCUUAACCGCUAGGCUAAGCACCCUUUGGCCAAAGUGUCAGACAACUGCAGUUGCGGGGCGAAGUUUUGCCGUCGCAGGGAUGAAUCAUACUCAAAGCCCCAGAAUUGUUCGUGGAAGAGGUAGAAAUAAAAGGAAGUGGACAGUAGAAGAAGACGAGGAGCUUGUCAAAGCCUUAUGCCAGGUAUCUGCUGAUCCUAGAUAUAAGGUUGAAGGAGGGGGCUUUAAGAACUGUUACUCUCAAGGCAUACAGAGCAUUCUUGCGCAAAAGCUACCUGGCCAUGGUAUUAAAGCGAGCCCUCAUGUUGAUUCUCGGUUGAAAGUGAUGAAGCAGAAGUAUUAUUCAAUCAAGGAUAUGUUAGCAUCACCAGGCUUCUCUUGGGAUGACACAAGAAAGAUGAUCCAAUGUGAAAAACAACGAUAUGAUGAAUAUUGCAGAGAUCAUCCUAGAGCCAAGGGUCUGUAUGGCGUCCCAUUUGUAUAUUUUGAUUCAUUUGAUGCAAUAUAUGGCAAGGACAGAUACGCCAGAGAAGGGUUGGAAGGGUCUGAAGAAGCAAUUGCUAUCAUGGAGAAUGAUGAAAAUACAAAUGAAGUUGGAGAUGACGAAGAUGAAGAUGAAGACGGGAUGUCCACAGGAGUAUCUGGUCGCUCCUUGGCUGCAACAUUAAGCUCUAAGAGUCAGAAGAAAUACAAGCAUGAUAGGAAAAGGAAUAUGACUGAAUUUAAUUGUCCGUCUCUGGACAAGUUCAAAGAUGUACAUCAUCAGUUUCAGAGUAUCAUUCAGCAUGUUAGUACGAUGGCAGCAGCAAUGGAGUUGUUCAAGGAUGUACAUGAUCACUUUCAAAGUGUUGUCCAACAUGCUGGUGCAAUGGCCACAGCAAUGGAGCAGUUCAAGGAUGCACAUGAUCACUUUCAGAGUGUUGUUCAGCAUGUCAGCACCACAACAGCAGCGAUGGAACAUUUCAAGGAUGCUCUUGAUCAUUUCCAGAGUAUUACUCAGAAUGGCAGGGCAGCAGUGGGUAUUGAUAUACAAGAGAAGUCAAUGUGUGAAGAGCCCCAAAGGAAGGCCAAAGUAACAGCCAUUUCUGAAGUACAAAAGCUUGGCUUUACUGGAUUUGAAGUGGUAACUGCCGCAAGCAUUUUUGCAAAAGAACCAAACCAAAUGGACAUGUUUUUAGCACUUCCAGAAAUCUAUAAGAAGGAUUACAUACUCCAGAUGCUCAAUGGUAUGCCAUGCGAUUCUCUGAUCCUAUACUUGGUUUGAACUUUUGGCUUUAAAAUUUCAUUUAGCAUAUUUGUUUUUAUUUACAUUGGCAUUUGCUGCAGGUUUCAACUUUCUGAGAUAUAUCCGUAUAUGUAUAUGAUUGUUAAGCUAUUUGCACUAGUUCCCGUUGUUAUCAAUUUGAAUUUAUGCAUGUGAGCUGUCGGAUUGCUUCUCCUAAAGUGCAACAUGCGCAAACUAUAGGGGUUUGGAGCAUUAAAGGAUGGUUCUGCAUAUGUCAUCUUUAGUUUGCUCAAGUGAUAAGUAGUCGGUUGCUGCUUGCUUCUGACAGAUAACUGUCAAGACAUGUGCACGUGAGAAUAGAUAAUUAUUUGCUUGUUGAUAGUUUUAUGAGCACUGAACCAUCCUUGCUUCCUUGGAAACACUGGUACCUUAACCACACCUCCAUGGAUGGCUCCUUUCUGAACAGGCUGAUUGCAGUCGAGCUGCCGCGCUAUCGCUCCCUCACGUCGGUGCAGAUUGGUAACGGCCAACUCACCUCUUUUUGGCAUGACAAAUGGCUCCUCGGCACCACCCUCUCCCAGGCUUUCCCGGCUCUCUUCUCGCAUUGCACACAGACCACAGGUUCUGUCCGUGCUGUCGUCGCUGAGGGAGUCACUAGACACCUUAAGCCUAGGUUAACUCAGGUGGCUCGUGAGGAGCUUAUGCUUCUCCAGAAUUGCAUUCAACUCUCCCAUCUUACUGACCGAGCCGAUCACCGCUACCUGGAUCUCUCGCAGCGCUCCCCAUUCAGUUCACGCGGUGCUUAUCACUCCCUCCAUGCUGAUGAUGAACAAAACCCGGAUGCAGCCAGGAUCUGGGCCACAAAACUACCCAGUAAAGUGAAGUUCUUCGGCUGGCUACUCCUCCUUGGGUGCCUCAACUCUAGAGCAAACCUCUAUCACAAAAACAUCCGCGCGCGCGAUGAGGCUAAUUGUGAGUUCUGUCCAGGCAUCCUAGAAACCGAUGAACACAUCUUUGUCCUUUGUAGUCGAGCCCGUGCUGUUUGGUCUCGGCUGGGAAUCAAUCUACUCCCCGGUCACCACAAAACUCCAUGUCUGAUCUGCUGCCAUCUCCCCCUUCCUGAUCAAACCCGGGUAGAUGCCACACUUGUUCUCCUUUGGCACCUAUGGAAAGCUAGGAAUGCUAAGAUCUUUGAUCAAUUGGAUUUUCCACCUCAGGAAGUUAUUCGCAGGGCCGGGCAUGAUCUAGAUGUGUGGCGAUUCGGAUACAAGCAAUCGGCUCAUUCCAUUGAAGCCUGGCGUGUUUUCUU